CCACUCCAUAGAUAGCUGCUAGUUAACUACCAACUAGUUAACAACUAGCUAACUGAUGAGUUAAUAAGUUAUUUCAGUUAUACAGACGUGAUACUGAAAAUACUAUUAAUACUACAGAUGCUACUUAUUACAGCACUCCAUCUGAGAGCUAGUGCAAAUCAAGUCUAAGCCAUGGUCUCAACGUCGGACCCUGGGAGUGCUACCAAGAAACUGAUAGCCUCUACGGCAUCAGGCACCACCCUGCUCAUAUUGGUCCAAGUGGCCUCCCGAGCGUUCACGUUUACCGCAAAUCAGCUUGUUUUACGAAAGUUGUCGCCUACACUUUUAGGCAUUUCCAAUCGACUGGAGUUAUAUUCGACCUCUAUAGUUUAUUUCUCCAGAGAAAGCAUCAGGAACGCAAUCCAAAGACAGCCAUUGGAAGCUUCCGGAGUCGAUAUACAAGGACAGAAAGGUGAAGACAAGGCACCAGGAAUCGACGAGAAGAAGGCAUUUUCUUCGGCAACACAGUCCGUUAUAAAUAUCUCCUAUUUAAGUAUCGUGCUGGGGGUUCCCCUAUCCCUACUAGCAACCAAAUUUUACACGCAUUUUGUCCUUGCCGAAAUCCUACAUGAACACUCGACCAAGUCCAGCUUAUUUAUUACCGGAAUCGGCUCACUUAUUGAACUCUCCGCCGAGCCGUUUUUUGCGGUAAUUCAACAGCAUGGUCUCUAUAAGACUCGGGCUCUGGUUGAAACGGUUGCCGCGUUCACCAAAAGUUUUUCAAUAUGUGGUAUCGUCAUGUGGUCUUCCUGGGCCGGCUACGAUGUCGGGGUGAUUCCUUUUGCAGCGGGCUACUUGGGCUAUUCCCUUGCUAUCAUUUGCGGGUAUUCGAUCACAAUGCUAGGAAUAGCAACUGAGCGGCGAUUUUCAUUUCUCCCAUCGAAAAUAAAAUCAGAUAGCGAUCCGAGGAAGUUUAUAGCCGGUCUGUUCUCACGUCGAUUACUAUUGCUGGCUGCGAGCGUCUUCAUGCAGGCAACAGCGAAGCACCUACUCACUCAAGGAGACUCUAUAAUACUUGCCGCUAUGGCUAGCUUAGAGGAUGAGGGUAUUUAUGCACUUGCUGCUAACUAUGGCAGUCUUAUUGCUCGCAUAGUUUUCCAACCGAUUGAGGAGAGCAGCAGAAAUCUCUUUGCUAGUCUUCUCACGCGUGGCGAGAAUGAUACGGAUGACCCAGCCUGCAUCCAAGCUGCUAAAGAUCACCUAGCGGGUAUUCUGCAAGCGUAUGGACUUGUAUCAAUAAUUGUUUUCCCUCUCGGCCCAAUCUUUGUGACCAUCGUGCUGAACACCCUGGUUGGACGACAAUGGGCUCUAUCAAAUACAAGUGGCCUAUUUUCACUGUACUCCUGUUAUAUACCCUUCCUGGCAGUGAAUGGUAUAACAGAAGCAUUUGUCUCUGCAGCGUCUAGCCCUUCGGAGCUUCGAAGGCAUGCUAGUCGCAUGGCGGUAUUUUCUGCAUGCUUUGCCUUGGCAGCGUUUGUCUUCUUGAAACUACUAGGUUUGGGAUCUCCAGGACUAAUACUGGCUAAUAUCGUGAACAUGGCCGUCCGGAUUAUCUGGAGCUCAUCUUUCAUAAGAUCCUACUUCCAUCGAAAGAAGAAUGAUUUGGCCUUUGCUCAAGUAAGCCAGAGCACAUACACAUACACAGCAGCUACCAUAGCAACCUCAGUCAUGGUAGCGAGGCGCAAGUACUUCACAGAGAACCUUCAUGGUUACGUCGAGGCAUUGGCUCUGGGUGUCAUCUAUGUACUUGUUAUUCUAUGCUUUGAGAAGCAAUAUUUGAUGGAGCAGUACAACAGAACACGCCAAACCAUAAAGUUGAUGAGAGACAAAACCCAAUAGGAGAUUCAAUCAUCAAAAACAAUUUUUGUGGCUGGCUUGUCAGCUGCGUCAGUAUUUUUGAAGAAGGCACCAUAUGCUUCAUGCUGCUUCUUCUUGACAGUUGUACCAAAUUUCAAGAGAUCACUGGGAACUUCUUGCUUUGCUGCUUUAAGCACGUUUAUCAAACUUGAUAGGAAGUGUUAGCUCGGCCCUGUCAAUUGAUGCAAACAUCUUUCGGGGAAAGAGUCGCAAGCAUCAUAAUAUAGAGAUAGUUUCCCAGUGUACUUACGCGCCAGACUGAGCCUUAUCCAUUUCAGUGAACAAAGUGAUUGCAUAACCGUCCGACCCAGCUCUCCCAGUGCUUGAUAGGUUCAAGUUAGUCGACUACACAAAGGAGAGUAAGGCGUGGAACUUACCGCCCGAUCCGGUGAACGUAAUCCUCCACUGUCAAGGGGAAAGUCACAUUGAUAACCAACUUAACAGAAGGAAUAUCAAGACCUCUGGCGGC